AUGAAGAAUCAGGACAUGGAUGAGAGAGUCGAUGGGAUGAUGGAAAAGGGCGAAAUGGACAAUGGUCAACUCCGUCUCCUAGCGCAGCCCGAGGAUGAGCAGAGGGAGAGAAACGCUACACCCACCAACACACGGGGUGGCUCGCGAGUUUUGAACACGCUCGCAGUCAUAGCCUCAGCCUUACGGCCAGGCAUCCUACGGCGGACACCCAAGCACACUCAAACGCCCAAGCUGCGACGAACUGCGUAUCUGGACGGGCUGAGAGGCUUCGCGGCCUUUUUGGUCUAUCUGCUUCACCACGAGCUGUGGGCACAUUCGUGGGAAGGUAGCGAUAUAUUGGAGAAUGCUUGGGGAUGGGAUGGGAAGUACUUUCUGGCCGCCCUUCCUGGUAUUCGCGUCUUCUUUGGCUCCGGCGGGCAUCUGGCCGUCUCGACAUUCUUCGUCAUCUCUGGCUAUGUCCUCACAGCAAAACCGCUCUCCUUGAUCCAGUCGGGAGAUCACUUGAAGUUGAGCGAGAAUGUUGCAUCUGCGCUGUUCCGUAGAUGGCUGCGCCUCUUCAUCCCCAUCUGGAUUGUCACCCUCAUGAUCAUCAGCGUGCCGCACGUUUUUGGAAUCAAGUGUGGCUUCAACAACGUGGAUUCAUUUGGUGAAGAGCUGUGGAAUUGGUACGCCGCCAUGAAGAACUUCACGUACAUCUUCAACAACACUCUGUUGGUCGACUAUCAUCCACACACUUGGUCUAUCCCAAUCGAGAUGAAGGGAUCGAUUGUGGUCUACACCACUGCCAUGGCAUUCUCACGAUGCACCAGGAAUGCUAGACUUUGGUGUGAAUGCGGAUUAAUUUUCUACUUCAUGUACAUUGUCGAUGGAGCUCACAUGGCCAUGUUCGUUGCGGGAAUGCUUCUCUCGGAUCUCGAUCUUCUGGCCCUGAACGAUGAUCUCCCUGCAUGGAUGUACAGGCUCAAACCCCACAAAACGAAGCUGGCAUAUGCUGUAUUCAUCAUUGGCCUCUACCUUGGAGGUGUCCCCGCCAACAGCUCAGAUAUCAUGCACCUGAGAGCCUCUAAAGGCUGGUAUUACUUGUCCUUCUUCAAGCCACAAGCAGUCUUCGACUUCAAAUGGUUCUUUCUCUUCUGGGGCGCGGUUUCCAUGGUCAUCUCGGCACAACACGUCCCAUUCCUGAAGCGAUUCUUCGAAUCCCGCUUCUGCCUCUACCUUGGCCGCAUAUCGUUCAUGUUCUACCUCUUCCACGGCCCAGUUCUGUGGAUUCUCGGAGACAGAAUCUACGGCGCCGUAGGGUAUGUGACGGAAAAGCGAAUGCUAGAGAUCCCGACCUGGGUCAACCUUUUUCCAGUCACCAACUGGGGAGUCUACGCGCUGGAGGUCAGGUAUCUGCUUCCGCAUCUUAUCCUGCUGCCCGUGACGUUCUGGGUGGCGGAAUUGGGAACUACAUUUAUCGAUACGCCUUGCAAUGAUUUCGCACAGUGGGUAUACAGGAAGACGCUCCCGGCAUCGAGUGAUCGCGAUCGUCAGAACGAAAGGAGUAAAAACAGUCCAUAG